GGAGCCUCAAAGCUGAGCUGGGGUUGAGCUCCCUGUUUUGCUGGUCACAGAAAAAGAGCCGGGAGGAGUCUAGUGGUGAGGGCAGUGGCGUGGAGAUCCUGGCCAACCGGCCCUACACGGAUGGGCCCGGGGGCAGCGGGCAGUACACGCACAAGGUGUACCACGUGGGCUCCCACAUCCCAGGCUGGUUCCGGGCACUGCUGCCCAAGGCUGCCCUGCAGGUAGAGGAGGAAUCCUGGAACGCCUACCCCUACACCCGAACCCGAUACACCUGCCCCUUCGUGGAGAAAUUCUCCAUUGAAAUAGAGACCUAUUACCUGCCUGACGGGGGCCAGCAGCCGAAUGUCUUCAACCUGAGCGGGGCUGAGAGGAGACAGCGAAUCCUGGACACCAUCGACAUCGUGCGGGACGCAGUGGCCCCAGGCGAGUACAAAGCAGAAGAGGACCCCCGGCUAUACCGCUCGGUCAAGACGGGCCGGGGGCCGCUGGCUGAUGACUGGGCGCGGACAGCAGCCCAGACGGGGCCUCUGAUGUGCGCCUAUAAGCUGUGCAAGGUUGAAUUCCGCUACUGGGGCAUGCAGGCCAAGAUUGAGCAGUUCAUCCACGAUGUCGGUCUGCGCCGGGUGAUGCUGCGGGCCCACCGCCAGGCCUGGUGCUGGCAGGACGAGUGGACAGAGCUGAGCAUGGCUGACAUCCGGGCCCUGGAGGAGGAGACCGCCCGCAUGCUGGCCCAGCGCAUGGCCAAGUGCACCACGGGCAGCGAGGGGCCCGAGGCCCAGCCCCCCGGAAAGCCAGGCGCCGAGGUCCGGUCUGGGGCCAGCAGUGCUAGCACUCCCGAUGGGCCCGAGGCGCCCCCAGGCCCCGAUGCGUCCCCAGACGCCAGCUUUGGGAAGCAGUGGUCUUCGUCCUCCCGCUCCUCCUACUCGUCUCAACACGGAGGGGGCGUGUCUCCCCAGAGCCUGUCCGAGUGGCGUAUGCAGAACAUCGCCCGAGACUCCGAGAACAGCUCCGAGGACGAGUUCUUCGAUGCCCACGAAGGCUUCUCGGACAGUGACGAGGUCUUCCCCAAGGAGAUGACCAAGUGGAACUCCAAUGACUUCAUCGACGCCUUUGCCUCCCCGACGGAGGCUGAAGGGUCACCAGACCCUGGAAUCGAGGCUGCUAAAAGCACCGAGGACGGGGCCCGCACACCCAGGGACUCUGAGGGCCCGGACGGAGCCGGGGAGCUGGGGGCCGAGGCGUGCGCGGUCCAUGCCCUGUUUCUCAUCCUGCACAGCGGCAACAUCCUGGACUCAGGCCCUGGAGACGCCAACUCCAAGCAGGCGGACGUGCAGACUCUGAGCUCGGCCUUUGAGGCCGUCACCCGUAUUCACUUCCCUGAGGCCCUGGGCCACGUGGCCCUGCGACUGGUGCCCUGCCCACCUAUCUGUGCCGCGGCCUACGCCCUUGUCUCCAACCUCAGCCCCUACAGCCAUGACGGCGACAGCCUGUCCCGCUCCCAGGACCACAUCCCACUGGCCGCCCUGCCACUGCUGGCCACCUCAUCCUCUCGCUACCAGGGCGCCGUGGCCACCGUCAUCGCUCGGUGCCCACCCUCUCUGCAGGUCGUGCUAAUCGGAGACGGCGUCGGUGGCAUCCUGGGCUUUGAUGCGCUCUGCCACAGUGCCAACGUGGGCACCGGAAGUCGGGGCAGCAGCCGCCGGGGAAGCAUGAACAAUGAGCUGCUCUCCCCAGAGGCCGGCCCAGUGCGGGACCCCCUGGCAGACGGCAUGGAAGGACUGGGUCGGGCCAGCCCAGAACCCUCAGCCCUGCCUGCCCAGCGCACCCCCAGCGACAUGGCCAGUCUGGAGCCCGAGGGCUCUCAGAACAGCCUUCAGGCAGGCCCUGCAACCGCCUCCUCCGGGGAUCCCCGGCGGGCAAGCACAGCCUCCUGCCCACCCACCGCCAGUUCUGAGGCUCCCCCCGAUGGCCCCACCAACGCUGCCCGCCUCGACUUCAAGGUCUCAGGCUUCUUCCUGUUCGGCUCCCCACUAGGCCUGGUGCUGGCUCUGCGCAAAACUGUGAUGCCUGCCUUGGAGGUGGCCCAGAUGCGCCCAGCCUGUGAGCAGAUCUACAACCUAUUCCACGCGGCCGACCCCUGCGCCUCCCGCCUCGAGCCCCUGCUAGCCCCCAAGUUCCAGGCCAUCGCCCCACUGGCCGUGCCCCGCUACCAGAAGUUCCCCCUGGGAGACGGCUCAUCCCUGCUGCUGGCUGACACACUGCAGGCCCACUCAGGCCUCUUCCUGGAGGAGCUGGAGAUGGUGCCCUCAACGCCCACCUCGGCCAGCGGCGCCUUCUGGAAGGGCAGUGAGCUAGGCACUGAGCCCUCAGCCCAGACAGCCGCCCCCAGCACCACCAGUGAGGUGGUUAAGAUCCUGGAGCGCUGGUGGGGGACCAAGCGGAUCGACUACUCGCUGUACUGCCCCGAGGCGCUGACCGCCUUUCCCACCGUCACGCUGCCGCACCUCUUCCACGCCAGCUACUGGGAGUCCGCCGAUGUGGUGGCCUUCAUCCUGCGCCAGGUGAUCGAGAAGGAGCGGCCGCAGCUGGCGGAGUGCGAGGAGCCCUCCAUCUAC